AUGUAUCUCAUCAACGUCUCAACGUACGACCUCGAAGAGUUCCACGGCAAUAUCCCCAAAUAUGCAAUCCUAUCGCACACAUGGGGCCCCAGUAGCGAGGAAGUCCUCUUCCAUGAGAUGCAAAAUUCUCUCUCAGAUAUUAGAAUCAAAAAGGGCUUUCGGAAAAUCGGAUUAUGCGCUGAACAAGCAAAAAGAGAUAAACUCCAAUAUUGUUGGGUAGAUACCUGCUGUAUCGACAAGUCCAGCAGCGCAGAACUUUCGGAAGCUAUUAACUCCAUGUUCGCUUGGUACCGAAAUUCAACUGUCUGCUAUAUAUACCUCGAUGAUGUCGUUCAUCAAGAAGGAUCCAACGGAAGAGAUGAUUCUUUCAAGAACGCAAGGUGGUUCGCCCGAGGAUGGACAUUACAAGAGCUCAUGGCCCCGCGAGUCUGUCGGUUUUACGAUGUAAACUGGACGGUAAUUGGUUUCAUCUCAGAAAGUUACUACAGCCAGCAGGUGGUCAACGGAUUUCUUCGCGAGUCUUCGGCUGUGGAGAUACAUCUGAAUCCUUACCUGCCCGAACGGAGCAACAUUUCAGGCCAGGUCUCCCAGAUCACCGGGAUCCCAGAAGAUGUUCUUCAUUCUGGAGAUCACGCUUCCUUUUCAGUCGCCACUAAAAUGUCAUGGGUGUCAAGACGUGAGACAAAGCGUACUGAAGACCAAGCAUACUGUUUGCUCGGAAUCUUCGAUGUUCAGAUGCCUCUUUUGUAUGGAGAAGGAAACAAGGCUUUCAUACGUCUCCAAGAAGAGAUCCUCAAAAGACAACCGGACCAUACGCUCUUUGCAUGGCGUUCGGAACAUAACGCGCCAACUCCUACAUUCAGUGGCCUUCUCGCGCCAUCACCUAAAAACUUCGCCAGCCAUUAUUGCCAAGGUCUAUUGUCUAAGCAUGUCGACAUGCCAUAUGAAAUGACAAAUAAAGGCCUGCAUUUGCAAGUACGGCUUAUCAAGAGCCGGAAAACCCCCAACGAGGUAUACGCUAUCCUGGAUGUGAGCCACGGAUCAAACCCCAGAAAUGAUGUAUGGUACGGUAUCAGACUCGGAAGGUUGGGCCAAAAAGGCCAGUUUGCUCGCAUAAACUCGGAUGAGCAGCUGGUUACCGAGGCUGAAACGGCGGAUACAAUCUACAUGAAGCCGAGUCAUAUCUAUGUGCAAAAUUUCAUAAACCAUGAAUCACCUCUCUACGAUCAACUAAAACCUAGUAGAGUAAUUCUUGGUUGCGCAUUGGGGACUAUGUUGCUCACCAUUCUGGAAGCAUCAGGUUCAAAAAGCUGGGAUGACAAAUCCUUUAGUUUCUGUCCUUCCCAAGACGACCUUUUCUACGCAAAGCUGGCAUUUGAAAACACGCCUAAACUACGGAACAUGUCGUUUUUAACGAUCGGAUGGAUCGUUCGUAAAGAUGAUAUUGAGGGUAUAACUUCUCGUUUAGCUAUCUUGUCUGACCCGAAAGACUUGCAUAGACCGGAAACUUUAUGGGAAAAUGGCAUUCGAUCUGGAAUUUCAAAGAUAUACUCUCAAAAGACUUUCAGUAUUAUCAAUGGAGAGUUGGUGGCUAGAAUAAUGCUUCGUGAUCAAAUUAUUUACGAGACUUGA